UUAAUAUAAUAGUUUAGUUAUUCUAGGGUUAGGUUUGGUAAAUAGUUGUUUAUUCUUUAUCGGAAAUUCUGGCCUUGGCGUUUGUCGUUUAGUUGUCGUGUUUACAUCUUACGCAGAUCUAGAGAUCUAGAUUAACUAUCAGUAUUUUUCAAACAAAAAACAGAAAGCAGACAACCAGAGAUCUACUAAUUUGGAAUGUUGGCAGUCAGUACUGUUUUCCUUUACUUUGGAUAUGGAGUAGUAUUUAUCACUGUUCUCAUUUUGUUGAUAUUAAAAUUUUGGGAUCACAGUACUAAAAAUAAAACAGUUUGUAAAGUUAAGUCCAAGAAAACUGUAUUGGAUUUAACCAAGUGCCCACAAAAUCUGUACAGUGAAGAAAAACUAAGCAAAGAACAAGCUGGAUCAGCUUCAGAUGUUGGUACAAUUUUUCACAGAAAACCCAACGCUGCCAUUAAAGUAAAAGAUCAAACUAAUGCGGUGAAUAGUAUUAAAAGAAUAGAACCACCAGAGCACAUUAAAAAAAUUUCACAGAACCAUUCAGAAAUUUUAGACAAAAUUAUUACAAGUGAAAAAGUAUUACCUGGCUUUAGUUCACCAGCUCAGCCAACACCGGAAUCUGUUGUAACACAAAAAUCAUGUAGCGAGGAGCCAAUGUUUACAAAACAACAGAGUGUCACUACCAAAACAAGUGAAAGAAAAUCUCAAAUUUCUGAAAACCAAUUAGAUAAAGAUACGCCUAGACGGAUAAAGGUCUGGAGUACAGGUGUCAUCAUUCAGACAGAAAACCAAAUAAAAAAUCAGACAGGAAAUGUAUCCAGCUCAAAACAAACCAAGUCUGACUCUGUGGUCGAGGAAACAGAUUCCACAGAUUCAAAAACUUGUCAGUCAAAACAAAGCAAGGUUGAAUCUCCAGCAGAGAAAAAUAAUUCAAAGACUAGUCAGUCAACAAACAGAAGAAUCACAAACAAUAAUAGUACAUCACAUGCUGAUGCUACAAACAAUAAUAGUACAUCACAUGCUGAUGCUACUAAUAAUAAUUCCAAAACUCAGCAGAAGGGAAAUAACUCAUGCACCAGCCAUGACGGAAAUGUUGUCAAUAGCUCAGUGUUAAGUUCAAGUGAGAUUUUUAAAACUUCACCUGUCACCUUAUCACCUGUAAAUUCUGCUCCAUUUUCUCCCAAUUUCUCACCACAGACAGUAGCUAGUGUCAGACAGUUUUCUUCAAGUGUUUUCAACCAGAGUGCUGUCCCUUUCUUUGAUAGGACCUUCAACACUACGACUUAUACAGCUAAAACAACUGUCCAAAAGGGAUUCACUACAAACAGAAAUGAUGAGAUUAUGUGCGAUGAUUAUGAUCUGCAACAAGGGCGUUUGAGAACAAAAAUUGAAGCACGGAGGAAAUCCAAACCUGUCUCGGAUAGCAAAAUGGAUACUGAAGAUUUCCCUGAUCUUAUGGAUGAGGAUGAUGACAUUGAUGCAGGUGACACUGGCUUGAUGGAAGAAGAAGAUGACGCACAAUCAGGAUCAGAAAUGGACAGUGGCGAUGAGACACAGGCGUUGGUUAGGAACUUGGACAUUCAGAGCAUGGACACUGAGCUGUCCAGUUACAGCAGCAGAAAGGAAGAGGUCAUGACCUUGGAUGAGGACUCUCAGCGUACACCGUUCAACAUCUCAUGGAAUAAAAGUUCAAGGAAGGUCAGCUUUAACAAGGAGAACAUACCUAAAAUGGAAGACACCCCCACCCACACUGUAUAUAGAAGCUCUGGUGUCAUAAACAGCACAGAGAGAGGUCAAACCUCUAGGGCUUCUGUAGCUAAAGCUUUGAGUGAUGCCACACAAAGGGAAGUAAGAGCUGUAAGAAAGAACAAUAACCCACCACCUCCUGGCUGUAGAAAUGUGAUCACUAGAGUUGUUUACCCUGAUGGCAGUACAACUUACCAGCACCAGUUUAAGCCAUCACCUCUAGCCCAAACACAACCUGAAGUCACACAAGUCAAACAAAGACGACCCCAGUUCUCUUUGUCCUUAGCAACCCAAGUUUUUAAAUCUCUGACUGGGGGAUCUCUACCAACCCAAGCUCUGCAACCUUCAACCACUGGGACUGUGACUCAAAAGGUUGAGACUCCUACACCACUAGACAAAAACUCCACAAGUAAGAGAACUACAGAAGCUGAACAUUUGGAUACAAAAAAAUUGAAGAAGACUGAGGAGGUGAAGCAAGAAACUAGAAGCAACACUUUAGACAAGAGGAAACAAAAGAGGAAGACAUUGAAGAAAAUGUGCCUCAUCAAAAUAGCACAGAUCAAAGAUCAAGAGAAAACAGAUCCUUCUAUGGAGGUGUUCAUUACUGAAGAGAGACCCAUCGAGUGUGACGGGUGUUUAGAAAAGUUCAGCACAUCAGAGAUCAGCUGGUGUGAAGAUCACCACAGGAUAUGUUUGGCUUGUGUUAAAGCUGCCAUUUUACAGUUCAUCAGAUCUAAAGAGACUAGGUUGGUGUGUUGCAGUGAAAUGUGUGAGAACUCCAUUGGUCUAGCUCAAAUCAACCCUCAAGUGGACAGAAGCUUGUAUGAGCUGCUGAAACACAAAUUGGAAAAACGUCUGGCUAAAGCUGAAAAACAAAUGAUCGUAAAUCUUUUUGAGAAACUUUUGUGUACACACUGCAAGUUGGAAAUCUUGCAACCUAAAGAUGAGAUUUUUUUUCAAUGUUCACACUGCAAGCAGCAAACUGAGUUGUGUAAAAUCUGCCACAGACCUAAAGGUGUGCCAGACAAACACGUUGAGUGUAAAGUCCUGCAGUACGCAGGUAGUCACUGCUUCACUGAUCUUCAUUCCUUCCCUGAUAACUGGGAGAGGGUCAACACUCUCUCAGAAACUGAUGAGCCCUUUGACUCCCUGUGUAGUGUUGAGUUGUCCAGUAAUGAAGGGAAGGCAGUGGUCAACAUGUUCUCUAGAACAAUAGGCAGCAACACACAGGUCAAGUCCAUCAUGAGAAUACAGAAAACAAAACAGUGGCAGAAAUAUUGUCUGAAGAGGAAACACAUGGUGGAGGAGAUAGGGCUUGACAAGAUCAAAGAACGAGCACUCUUCCAUGGAACCAAGAAAGAAAAUAUUGAUUUGAUUUGUCAAGAAGGUUUUGAUAUGAGAGUCAAAACUGCCAAUGGUGCUUUAUAUGGGAAAGGAAUUUACUUCAGCCCCCAGUCGAACUACUCCAAGAAAUACGCAGCAGACUGCAGCCAGAUGUUUAUAGCCCGGGUCUUGUGUGGGUAUUCAACCCGGGGCAGCUCAGACAUGACCCGCCCACCCAAGCACAGCUCAGGCCGUAUGUAUGACACGUGUGUGGACAACGUGGACCGGCCAGGUAUAUUCAGUGUCUUCGACAACGCCCAGUGUUACCCUGCCUAUAUUAUAGAAUACAGUUAACGAGGGUUUUAUAUUGUAAGUAAUUAAUUUACAAAUACUUGAUUCCAUUAGAAGUAGACAUGAAAUUUUUUCUAAUGUUUGUUGUGCUAAGAAAUUUAUUUGAUUAGUUGUUGCAUUGCACUUAUUAUUUUUUUCUAGCUAAUCUUUCACUUUUAAUUAACAUUUUAUUAUUGAUGAAUAUAAUUAUAAACAUGUCCAACAAGUUGAUGAUAUUACUUGUUCUCUGUUUACUUUUACACUACAAAUAUUAGGUUUACAGAUAUAAAUAACUUAAAUUUUUUUCAAGCGUAAGUUUUUCAGCUUUAGUAUUGUGAUAAAAUGUAAGGUGUAUUAUUUAUAGAGAAAACUACAACUUUUGGGGUAAACCAAAAUAAAGAAAUGUUUUAGACCACUGGUUCAAGCUAAUUCAAGUUAUAUUGUGUAACUGCAUAACAUGGUAAAACAAAUGUGUAUAUUUAGAAGCUGUUAUAUUUGUUAUUUACAUAUUUAUAUGUUUUACAUGUAUUAUACCUAUACAAUUUUGUGAUUUUUAAAAAAACAAGUAUUGGAUUACCUAACCAAUGUUUAAUAUACAUUAAU